UAUCAAAGAGAAUCGGCCUGGAUCUUCACUGAAUACGAAAUUAAUACUGUUAGCAUCGAGACUUCAAUGAUGCUAUAGGCCAGUAAUAUUAGAAAAGGAGUUGGAGUCUUUCAGGUCUAGAGCACGUAUAGUCCUUCUCUCCUUGUCUACAGUCUUUGUCAAGGAUAUUUUGAUGAACAAAGUCUCCCACCCCUCUUCUUCAUUCAGUCUUUCACCCUUAUUGGAAUAGCCGCAACUGUGUAUGCAUGAACUGCUUAUGUCACACGCAUCGUAGACAUGGCCCCGAGAACAUCAGGACAAACAAAAUACCAGCUUGAAACAGCAUUGCUUCUGUCUGAUAGGAGAAUUGGCUGAGGAUAAGCUGCUUUCAUCUUCAUGUUCCAUUUCCAACAACCCGUUAAGCUGAGAGCCCGAGACCCUUUAGAAGGAUUUUUACUGGGCCAGAUAGUCAGCCAUGUGAAGGAUACUAUUACAGAUUCGCAAAUCAGUGGAUGUAAAGUAGAGACAGUCACUAAUAUUUAUUCCUUCAUCCCUUGUCCGUACAGUGCCACAUUCUAUGAUAGACAUGGAGAAAUUCUGAGACCAAAGUUGGAUGCCCUGUUGCAAGGGAGAACAAAGGAGCUUGUAGGCUGGUACAAAUUCCGAAGAAACAGUAGUCCACGUGUGUCACUGAAAGAACACUCCUUACACCGGAAACUGCUGAAGUUUAUGUCCCCUGGCCAACAUGAGCACUUCCUGUUUUGCCUGUGCACUGCCUCAACCACUACGAACUGCUCUACCCAUGCUUUUGACCACAGCUUCCAGGUUUAUGUUAGAGGGGUGUUCAACCCAGUGUCCUUGUCCAUCAGUAACUUGGGAGACAGUAUCCAGAAUGAGUACAAACAAAGGAAUAACCUGACAGUGAACCCAACAGCUGGAGUAUAUAGCUCUCUUGUCUCCAAAUUCAUUCCAGAAUUUACAGAUGAAAAUGGCCAAGUCCAUGAAGUGAACAAAAUGCAUCUUUUAGCAGAAAAACUACAGUCACAGCUUCAGUUACUGUGCAGUGUAGUGAAUGACAGUGAAAAACAGCUUCAAGGCUUGGAGUCAGAAUUAGCAGGUAUUAAGAGCAGACUUGACAAUAAGAAGGAAAAGGAGCGUCUGAAGCAACCAUUGCCUCCUUCCCCUAUUGAAACGCCAGAGUCCUUUCUACCUGUGGACAUGGAUACAGCAGGCCCCCCUCCUUACCCCAACAGGGAGCAAAAACCAAGUGUGCAUGUGCAGUCUCUGUUUAUUCCGGAGGAGGAUUCAGGGGGAAUAAGUCUGCCGCCAGUUACUCAUCAGGGAGCAGUAUUAACAGGGGAAAUCUUGAAGCCAGACAAAGUACCAGAUGCAUUGCCGGGUGUCACAGAAGCUGGUGAUAUUUUUCUUAAAUCCAAAGAUGACACAGAAAGGGAAUUAAAUGAUUCCCAGGAAGAUAACUCUGAUGUUGUUCACCCCGUUAUGGUGAGGACAAGCUCUUUACCAAAUAAACAGAGUGGAGUCAAGUCUGGUCAGCCAGCUGAUCAUUUUAGUUUUAUUGACUCUGUGCUUAAAGAGGCAAAGUCCUCAACACCAUCACGAACAGCUUCUGUCAAACUUUCUGACAAUGGUAAAAAAGCCAGGAGCUUUGAUGACAGCAAGUUGAGUAGCCAUUCAAACACAGCUCCCCCUAAGCCUCCAAGAACUUUUGAUGUUGGCGAUGAUAAAACUGUUGUGGAUGUGACGUCUAAUGACCUGAACUCCAGCUUAGCCGAUAAAAAUGACCCUUCCACAAUUGACCGCAAUGACAAACUGCGGUGUAAACCUGUCCAGAGGACACGGUCCAGAGCACUAAACAGGUCAAAGUCUAAUGACAGCCCAGUAAACAGUGGAAAUGCUUCAGCCAGUGAUGUGGUUUGUGCCAAGGGGAAGAACUCUGGACAAGCUGAAGCUAAAACUAGUGGCAUGCAGCCUGCCCUUGUUUCUCAGGAUAGUGCUAAUCCUGUCCAAAAGGUAGCAGUCUCAACAAAGAGGACACGUACUCGAGCUCAGGUUCAGGCUGAGCGAGCAGCAGCUGCUAAGUCUGCUAUCACCCCGGUGUCUGGUGGUAAUGCAGGUUCAUCCGCUGACCCACCCACUAACUUGAAUAGUUUAGCCACAAAAAAGACAAGCAGUGGAGGAGAUGGGGCUUCAGACAGUACUAAUGAUACUGUGAACAUUGGCCUAAAGCCAGCAGUAAAACUGACUUCUUCUGAAGUCUCUAGCCAUUAACUUUAGGUCUGUGGAGGGAGAGAGAGUGAGCAUUCAUGAUCAAUUUGGAAUAGUGUUUCAUAAAAACCCAGUUGUACAUAUAUGUCGCUGUGUGUACAGUCAAUAAUGUGGUCAGACAUUUUGGUGUUUUGAUGCUUUAUUGUGUUUAUGGCAGCUUUUUUCAGUCUUGGAUGGGUGAACAUAUUUCAGAGAUUGCCAAAGUGCUUUUGUACCUCCUGUUACAUUAAUGGUAAUUUUAGUGGCUAAGUUUUUUUUUCAUUUUGGUUUUUAAAUAUUUUUUUAUAUUAUUCUAUCUUGUUCUAUUGGUGACACGUGUUUAUGACUGAAAUAUUUCAUACAGUAGGAUGGCCGAGAAAUAAAUAAAAUUGUGAGGAUCUCCUCUGAAUAAUAGUUCACAUAUAAUAAGGUUGUGUUCUGACUACAAAACGUUGACUGCUGUUUCCAGAGAAGGGAGCGAGCAGAUGUAGUCAUCAGACUGUUUCAAGGCGUCACUCCUCCCCUCUCCGCCACCCUUGCUCUCUCUGAGGAAAGUUCAGUUUGCAUAUUCCUUUGUCUCUUUAAGGGUGUUUUCAAAUUAUUUCGGAUCAUCAGGUUUUUUUUUAGUAUUGCACCACACACAUGUACAGUGACUGAAAAAUUUUAAAGGACAACGUAAAACCCGAAGCAUACAUUAAUGCAUGGUAAAGUAAACCACAGAACCUCGAAGAAACAAAACUCAGUCUUGAAGCCACAACCGUCCUAAUCAUUCGUUGGCUGGCCGAUGUAUGUCUAAACAAUGUGGCCUCUUCAAAGCUUCAUGCAGUUGGAAUAUAAAUGAACACAAGACAUGUUGUGCUCUUAAAGUGCUGAAGGCUAUGUUGAAUAUUUCAGUGUUAAGAGUACGUUAUUUAACAUGACUGUAAAAUCCCUAGGGAUUUUGUUUUCGACGUUACAAAUUCUCUUGUAAUGAAAAUUCUGUUAUGAGGAAUCAGAAUACCGUUGUAAAGAAAAGUGACUAAAACCCUCAGCGAGACUUUUAAUUUCAGUGAAAAGGAAUUCAGUGAAAGUAAGCUUUUUGUACUUAUUGAUAAUGAUCUGGCUUUUGUGCUUAUUUAAAUUAUUUAGCAACAUUGCACAUACUUAACGCAAAGACAAGUGAUAGUUGCAUCUGUGUUUCCAAACUAUUGGGGAUUAAUCAAGAAUAAUGUUCUCGACAUCAAGUCCAUAUCACACAAGAUAAAUGUGAUAAAAUUGGUUGCAGAUGUAAUAGAAAGAUUUGUCACAGGCUCCACUACUUAAAGCCAGAAAAUUCAGGCAAUGUGAUCAGUCUCAAGACGGGACAGAGGAAUGCAUUGAUGUCAGAGAUUGGCGCAGUUGUGGUGCUUAGACAAAGCAACUUAUGGAAUUUUGAAUUAUAUGUAGGUUCAGUUCUCAUUUUCUAUUUUUCAGUACUUUUUGUACUGUUUAUUUGCUGGUGAAGCAGGUAGAUAGCUCAAGGCAUAUUCGUGGCGUGGGUGCCAUGUUGUUGUCAGCAACUUUCUAUGAAGAAAACACAGUCUCUUGAUAACACUCACAGCUUAUGUGCAGUGAUAAUCUGUAAAUUCUCUGUGAUAAUAUUUAUUGUUCACUCGCAAUUCUGAGUGAACAGUUAUCAUUAAUGUCUCAAAGUGCCAAAGUGUAUGCAAACAGGUGUUCCGUUCAAAUCUACGUGUAUGAACAAAGCGAAUUAGCAUUAUUAAAGAAGUGCUCAAGCUGUAUGUUUAGCACAAGUGCUAUGUCCACAAGUAAAAUGUGGUUAAUAACUAAAUGCUCACUGCUGUAUGACUAUUUUAGCUAACGUGACAUCUGUGAUGGAUACAGUUGUAGCUGUUAAAUGGGCUGGGCAUGUAACAUUACAAAUGUUUUGUGGCCCUGGUCUGUUUCACAAUGUACUGAAGGCAUUACGCACAGUGAAAAUAAACUAGCUGUCACUCUUGUAAAGCCAUAGGUGAUAGUAUAUGAACAGUUUUGUAAAAUAAGACUUCUGUCCCAAGUCUACAGUUCCUGACUCUUAUUAUAGCUCUUGAUGUAUUUAUUUAUGUAAAUUUUUUCAGUAUUUAAGCAGUGUACAGAUUCUUUAAAUAAAGAUCUUUACAGUGUUCAUGAAAAUGGAUGGACUUUCACUUUGAGAUCUGUUUCUUUGUUAUACUGAUUACCCUUUUUAAGACCUGUCUAGGCAUCAACUGUCUCAUGCUGUCACCUGGAUUA